GCCGUCUUUUUGGACCCGCUAAGCGCAAGCGCCCAAGUGCUGGACGCCUGCGCGUGCUUAUAACCCCUUUUGUUGCCCGCGCGACAUCGCUUUGCCACUCCGCGGCACUGCGCAGCGAUUUGGUCAGCGGACCACCCUCGCCUCGAAACUCGCCGCGCCGCGCCGACGCCGCGCCGCGCAGCGCUUCGGACUCGCCGCGCCGCCGCCGCCGCACCACAUAAAUCAUGGCCUCCGACGCGAGCUACUCCUACUCGCUCACGACCUUCAGCCGGAGCGGCAAAUUGCUCCAGAUCGAGUACGCCUUGACCGCUGUUGGGGAAGGCAAGACGUCGAUCGGCAUCAAGGCCAAGAACGGCGUGGUCCUGAUCACGGACAAAAAAAUUCAAAAUAAACUUGUAGAUGUGCAACAAGUGAAGAAGCUCGAGAAGGUGUCGCCGUCCGUGGGGUUUGUGUAUUCGGGCGUCGGGCCCGACUAUCGAGUUUUAGUGAAGAAAGCUAGGAAGCAGGCCCAAGCUUACUUUUUACAGUACCGAGCCCUCAAACCCGUGAAAGCCCUCGUCCAGGACACGGCGUCCGUCAUGCAGGAGUACACGCAGAGCGGCGGUGUGAGACCUUUUGGUAUUUCUCUGCUCGUCGCGGGCUACGACGACGAGGGGCCCCAAUUGUUUCAAGUGGAUCCAUCUGGAGCCUACUACGGCUGGAAGGCUUCUGCUAUUGGUAAAAAUUUCAAGAACGCUAGAAGUUUCCUGGAGAAGCGCUACAACGACGACGUGGAAUUAGAUGAUGCGAUCCACACGGCCCUCCUGACGAUGCGCGAGGGCUUUGAAGGGGAGAUGACGGAGCACACGAUCGAGGUUGGUAUUGUGGGCGAGGACCGCGUCUUCCGCGUGCUGACGCCCGCGGAGGUGAAGGACUUCCUGGACGAGUCGACGUAGUUAUCGUGCGUUUAAUAUAUUACUGGUAUUUGC